UAAUUUACUUGGUUUUUUAUUGCUAUCCAAAGAUUAGUGAUAUUCAAGUUUUAAUUGCUGUUUUAUUUUCUACAAAUAUAGGAAAAAUAUAUAAUAUUUACAUUGAUCAUAAAACUGCAGUGAAGAGCUUUUGAACAGCAUUGAACAUAUAUAUUUUUUAAUUUUGUUUUUUAAAAACUGCAAUUAUUUGUGGGCCAUUAAUUACAUUACGAAAGAUGCAGUUGUCUUUAGAUCCAAGACGAGCAGAUCGUGAGCGUCACUACAAACCGCCACCACCUACCUCUGCACCAGCUGAAGAUCUUACUACAGAUUAUAUGAACAUACUUGGUAUGGUAUUCUCAAUGUGUGGACUGAUGAUGCGGUUAAAAUGGUGUGCUUGGGCAGCCAUAUUUUGUUCCAGCGUAAGUUUUGCCAAUUCCCGGAUCACCGAUGAUACUAAACAGAUCAUCAGCUCGUUCAUGUUAUCCGUAUCUGCAGUUGUUAUGUCUUAUUUACAAAAUCCAGCUCCCAUGUCACCUCCAUGGGCCCCACUUAUAUCAUAGGUCAAUUAUGGUUAUAGCUUUUAAGAUAAUUACUAAAACUUAUUUGUAUUCUUUAAAUAAAGAGUUUAUAGUCUAAUUCAACCUUAUUAAAAUGUUAGUGUUAAUCUGUAGAGCAGACCAUUAAAAAUCUAAAACUGA